GUGCGGAGUUGCGUGGUGUUUUCUUGAUGGAUGGUGCAACGUGCGCUCUGCGACAAGUCCGUCGCUACUACUGCUUUUGUCAAGGUAACCCUGUAGGCACUGCCUUGGAGGAACUGGAGGCCUGGCUCCGCCAAGGAGCCUUUGAGGGGCGCUGCUGCAGUUUGGAGGAGCUGGAGAGCACAGUGCGCCAGAUUGCUCUUGAAUGGAAGGAGGAUCUUCUUUUGUUUUUGGCGUUGCCCGAGCGAUUGGCAUGCGCCAAGGACCCGGUUGUCAAAGCUGUAAACCAACGGAAAGGUCACACAGUUUGCAUAGUGCUGACCUUCGCAGAGGUUCCCGUUGCAGAUGUUGGCCAAUCAACAGUUCCCACAGACUUUUUGGCCGACAUCAAGCCAAAUCUUGAAGACAAGAAAUCAUUUAAUCGACGUGACGAGUUGCAAGCCAAAGCAAGGCUUCCUUACCGCCACAGCAAGGCAGAGUUUGGAUUCUUGGUGGUGUCAAACCUGGGCAACCUCCUAAGACACUGGGAAAGUAUUCAAGCAAAGAGCAAAACCCAAGAUUUAUCUACAUUCCUGCAGGAGGCUGGCAAAGAUCAUCUAAAAGAGACCUUAGAGACUACCGGAUUCACCGGACUGACUUCCAUGGUCGUCCUUUUUCCAACUCGUUGUGAGGAAUGCAAAACUCUUGAAGAUGCCAUCCGGGCGGCGCAUUUGACCUGCCUCCAGCAGUUGUUGGGUGCUGGCACAGGGGGGCCGCCGCUGGAGUCGCAGGACUCGUUUCCUUUGCAUCUCGCAGUUCUGAGUGCAGGGCAGAAAAAGCAGCAAGUCGAGAUCUACGAGAAAAUGGCGAAGCUCCUCAUACUCGCCAAGCAUGACCCCGCCAGUCAAAAUUCACAUGAUAUCACGCCUUUGCACUGGGCUGCUGGUUAUGGCAGAGCAACCCUGGUCUCAACAAUGCUGCAUUUCGCAGGGGCCGGGGUACUGACAAGGGAGGCAAUUGGCAUGACAUACUCUUGUCAGGAACUUGAUAGAAUGAAGGCAAUUGCCAAUAUUCAGGACAAACACGGGAGAACUGCGUUGUACCGAGCAGUGAUGCAUGGCCAUGACGAAGUGGUCCGAUGGCUUGUUUUGAUGCGCUCAGACUGCAACCUGGCCGACCACAAGCAGUACACCCCACUUCACGUGGCCAUGCAGCAAAACCCUCGUGAAGGGCUUGUCCGUUUACUCCUGGACGGCCGCUCCAAUGUUCAUUCCCUCAAUGAAGAUGGACGUCUUCCACUGCAUCUUCUGGCAGGGGCUCACAGGAAUCUCCAGGACGAGCACAUCCAGAUCUUAGAGCUGUUGAAACGUGAGCCUGAGUUUCUGGCCGGCGUAGCUGCCAAAGACAGAGAUGGUUGGACUCCGCUUCAUGAAGCUGCUUUGGCUGGCAGAGCGAGGGCUUUGCGCUGGAUGCUUGAUUGUGACAAUGCCAAGGAGCUACUGACGACCGAAUCUGGCAGAGUUCCAUCUUUGCUCCACGUGGCAGUGAUGGGCAAAGACCUCGAAUGCUUGGAGCUUCUGAUCACGUCCAAAGCAUCUCCCACAGACACUUGCGUUUUGACUUGGGACCAUGAACACUUCAGAGUCCCACAUCACCACGUCCAAGUCGGCUUGUGUUUGAUGAAUUCUGGCAUUAUGGUCCGUCCAUUUGUUGACCGAAUUUCCUUCAAUAGGAAGCUGCCAGAGUCUGAAUUCCAUCGGAAUGUCAGCACGAAGUUGAAGGAGUUGCUGCAAGAUCCUCACAGGAGUGAACUCAAGGUUUUAAACUCCAAGGACCUUAGUUCACAGCACUGUGAAAUCAUUUUUGCUGAAGCACGGCAGCUGGGUAUGAAGUGUGUCCCUCCCGGGGAAUACAAGGAAGAUGGGUCACGACGUCCGCUGAUUGUGUACAAGGAUUUGGGGCCCUUGCUUCAUUCACGCAGGGUGUUGGAAGACAUUGGCUUCCGGCAGCGGGUGAGAUUUCGCUUGGAGGAGCUGGAUCCAGGUGAAGAAUGCUGCUUUCGUGGCCUCAGUGGUGUGCAACGAAAGUUUGUCCAUGAAAUCGCCAAAGAAUUGGGUUUGUCGUCGAAAUCUUUCGAGCAGGAUGUGACUGUGAGGGCAAAAUUGGAGUCAAACUCGCCGAAGAAACUGAGGGUUGAAGAGGAUGCCGACUUUCUGAAAGAGGUGGCGGCAGAGUUAGAUCAACUUGAUCCAGGCCAGGAGAAAGUUUUGGGCGCUGGCCUGUCGACCUUCCGCCGCAAACUGAUUCACGAUGAGGUGGAGAAGAGAGGCUGGUCAUCUGGGCCGCAAGGCCAAGCCAUUGCUGUGCGUCACCCUCUCCCCCAAGAGCCACAAAGCCUUCGCAGUAAACUGUCGGAAGCAGAGGUGGAGCAGCGGGUGCGACAGGAGCUUCAAAACUUGAGACCUGGCGAAUCGCACUCCUUCCCUCCAGACUUGAACAGCUAUGAACGCAGGAUUGUGCACAAAGUGGCAGAGGAGCUGGGCUGGACACACCGUAGUGAAUUUGUGGAACCACCUGCCAAAGGGAAAGGCAAGAAAGGCAAGGGCAAGUUCAAGGGAAAAUGGCCGGGCAAUGCUCGUCAAAUUACUGUUACGCAUGUGGCUGCAAACAGUGGCGGUGCAUGCCAAAACGUGUCAAGCGAAUCAGUAGCGCCUGUGGAACAUGACGUCAGAGCAGAAGUCAUGGAGGCACUGCAGAAACUUGCUCAAGAUGAAUCUUUGAUAGAGCAUCCGUUUCAAUGGGAACUCGAAAGUCUGGGAAUGGGUAGACGGGCAGCUAUCCGGACACUGGCUCAAGAGGCUUCAGAUGAAGGCUUUGGUGGCUUUAAAGCAGAGACUGACAGGGAUGGCAACAAGUUGCGUGUUGUUCUUCGACGAGAAGGGCAGCCAAAGCCACUGGAAUCAUCAGAACAUCUCCCAAGUGUGCGCUUUGAGUGUAUACAGGCCGUCGCGAGAGAGUUGAAUCGGUUCAUACUGUCUGAAGAGGGCGAGCUAGUCUAUUCCACAGCCCUCAACAAGAUGCAGCGCUCUGUUGUCCAUGAUGUUGCUCGACAGUUUGGCUUGGCCUGCUACACAAGAGGCGUGCAGAGGGAGCAACUGCAGGUGAUGGUGACCAAGUCUUGUCCAGCGAAUCCUAGCGAAGCGCCCGUUGUCCAUCGUGGAUAUGUUUGCGACGGCUGUGAGAAACCGCCCCAGGGUGUGCGUUUUCACUGCUUGAAUUGCCACGAUUUGGAUUUUUGCGCGUCUUGUCACGAGAAGUGGGCUAACGGCCUUCUCCCGCACGCAGAAGGCCACAAGUUUCAGCCGUGCAAUUUCUCUGUCCAACCCGAGCAGUGGACGCUUGCAACGAGCGUGAAUGCUUUGCAUUUUGCGGCCGGGAUGGGCUUGCUUGAGAUGGUCCGCUGCCUCCUGUCGGCAGAUGAGUCUGCGCGCCUGCUGUCCUCAAUGACCAACAUGGGCAACACUCCACUGCAUCUGGCUUGCGAGCGCCGACGGAUUGACACAAUUCAGCAUUUGCUGCAAGCAAGGGCGGAUUGUGAUGUCAGAAACAAGAAAGGGAGGACCGUGCUGCAUGUUGUAGCACGCAUUCCCUCCUACAAGACCUCUGACCGAAACGAACUCACUGACUUGAUGAAGUUGCUCCUGAGUGCCAAAGGGAACCCAAAGAUUUCGGAGAGCAAUGGGGAUACUCCAUUGCAUCAGGCGGUGGGGCACGACAACUGGAAAAUGGUGGAAGCCUUGCUGGAUGCCCGGGCGGAGCUCAAUGGUCUAGGCAAUGGUGGAGGCACUCCAUUGCAUAUGGCUGCGCGCACUGGACGCAGCAACAUCGCGAAGCAACUGCUGAUGCUUCAGGCAGAUCCAGAGAUCCGAUGCAACCAAGGGCACACAGCGCUUCAGAAGGCUCAAGCAAAAGGUCGCCAAGGUGUGAUCCAAGUGAUUACCGCAGGAACAUGGGCCGCUUCGGGCACAACAGGCGUUGGCAGCUUGAUGAAAGAUCGUGCGCAACAAGGAGAGCUUCCACCGGUUUCAGAGAGGUCCCCAGCCGACGAGGACGCGACAAGCCAAGACGCAAUGCAAGACCAUGUGGCAGCUGCAAUAGAACCAAUAGAUCGAUCCCAUGCUGAAGCCACCUUUGUUGCUAGUCAAAAAUUGGCCCUGCGACGUGCCUUCAUUGUGACCAACAGUGCUUACAGCCCAAGCCGGGCGGAUCUGGAGCAUACAAUGGAACCAGGUCGCAAGCUCCAGAGAGCCUUGCGUCGUUCUGGCUUUGUAGUUGCGAUGCUCGAAGAUGUGACAGAGGACACAUUCUGGGGCGAGUUUGAAAAACUCGAGCGACAGGUGAGUUCGCAACCGGAGCUCAAACAUCUUGUGUUUUUCUACUUUGCUGGGCAUGGUGCCGAGCAAGGAGGAGAGCUUUGGAUGAUGAUGCGGCAAAGCUCCAGGGGCAUUUCGCUUUCGCAAGUGCUUCAUCGGUUGCUGGCGACUGCCCCCCAAAUAGCUGUUCUCGCCGUGCCUGAUUGUUGCCGCGAGAAUGAGGAGAACGAUGUUUUCCGAGCGCCGCCGCGCGCCAGCCAGCAAGCCAACGGAGUCAGUGCCAGGGCUUUCGGAUUGAGAACUGCUGGAUUAGAAGACGAAGACUUGGCGAGUGGUCCUGGUUCUUGCGAUUCUUGCGCAGAUGGUUCCGCGAUGUCAGAUUUCUACAUCUUGUGGGCAGGUGACCAAGGCACUUGCAUCAGGGACAGUGUUGAGGAUAGCCUAGGCUUCCAGAUUGCCAGCAAUUUGCUGGCGUCACCGGGAAUAAGCCUCACUGAAAUCCUGAACCUAGCUAGUGAGCAAGUAAAGCUUCACCGAAGUAGAGCUGGAGAGUUGCAGCGCCCUUGGAGCGAGUGUGGCGUGGGCCAAACGAUCGGACAACGGGUGCUGCGGCCUGUUCUUUGCAAAAGGUGUGACAGCUUGCGCAAGCGAGGUCAAAAUGGUCAAAGCAACGGUGCUGGCACAACUCGAGAGGGAACUGAGUCCCAGAGCUGGCUCACUGCAGAACAGUUUGCUACGAUUUUGUCAUCUCCUUGCAAAAGCUUUGAGCAUUGUGCCUUGUCAGCGCUGAAUUCCCUGGAGGCGCGGUUCUUGGAAGAAUCGGAUGAGCUGAAACGCUGGGCACCACUAGGUGCGUUCUUUUGUGCUGCAGUCCGUGCCAAUAGUGUUGGUGUGCUACAGUUCAUGGCUCAUCUCCACCCAGAGCUGAUUACAGUUCGUGGGUUCGAUGCCUUUGAGAAUGGCAGCUACUACGGCCGUGGGGUGCCCUCUGCAAGCUCCUUGCGCCGGACACCCGCGCUGGCAGUUGCAGCAGGAGUCGAGGGACCUGAUGCAUCUGAGAGUGCCAUGGUUUUCCUGCUUCAAGCCAGGGCCGACAUACAGCUACUUCGGAAACUAUCAGGCCCUCAAAAGGCUUUUGUGUGCUUCGCCUCCUGAUCCACAUCGUGCACCUGACCUCAAAUCGUGGAGCUUGUCGCCUUUGCAGCUUGCAGCAGCCCAAGGCCACCUAGACUGUGUAGAGCUUCUGCUGGAGUUUCAAGCGCAGGUGGAUGGCAUUCCUUGUGGGUGGAAGGUGGCAGACGUAGAAAGGCCACGUGUGGCCCAUGCAGACCCAAAGAAGGUUUGGUAUCAACAAAGCUUGCUUGAGAGGCUUGGCCGUGCAGCUAGUCAAAAACCGCUUGGUGGCAUCACGGCUCUUCACCUAGCGGCGUUGAGCGGCUACGCUGAUUGUGUUAGCGCUCUGUUGCAAGCACGCGCAGAUCCCAAUGCUUGUGCAGAGAGUGGGUUUAGCCCCCUGCAGCUCUGCAUUAAGAAGUGGAAUAUGCCACACCAAUCCCAACGAAUUGGAAAAGCUUCUCGCGACAUUAAUUUUAUGGGCGUGUUUGAUGCAUUGGUGGCAGCUGGUGCCCGGGAUGUUUGUCUUCAAAGCAUGGAGACAUCUCUGCAUGCAAUUGCCUUCCAUUGGGGCAAUGUCCCUCCAACACACACGAGACACAUAGGCCUUAAGCUCGUUACUGAAGCAGAAUCACAAGUAGAUGCGCGCGGGCCCAAAGGAGGAACCCCAUUGCACUAUGCUGUGAAUGGGCGGAACUGGGCCAUGUGUUGCUUGCUUUUGGAAUUGAGAGCCGAUCCGUCUGUGCGCAAUGAUGCUGAGCGUGCUGUGUGGGACUUACAUGUUCUGCAAGAGGCUGGUGCAUGGCGACAUGCCAAUGCGGAAGAAUGCUGCCGAAUGCUGCUCAAACUGAAGGAUCCUGAUACAAAGGAAGGAGACCCAUAGCCAUAGCUUGAUUGACACGUUGUUCACACUGGACUGCGGCUUCGCAAAGGCCGCAGGGAUGAAAUGCAGG